UGAUCAGCAGUAUACAUCCAAACAUAAGACAUUUAGAUCAUUCAAUGAUCUGCUUCUGCAUUUGCAUGCAGUUUGUAGAACAUUCUCCCUCAGCUACUCUGCUCUUGCUAUACAUUGUUUGUUCUCUACCUUGAAGACUUUAAGUUCGCAUACAACCAGGCACUCUUCAUAUCUUCCAGUAAGGAAUCAUGGACUGCUCUUGUCAUCAGUGUCUUUUGUCAGGCUUUUAGAUGCUGUCGCUCUACAAGUUCCCAGAUUUGCUUGGAUUGGACAUUCUACUUCAAUCUGCUUUCGUUCCUGUCGUUUAAACCAGCAAGAUGAAUCUUCAUAUCUUCUUGUAUGUGCUUGCCUUCAUUGGGAGAACAGUCCAAGGAAAAUGUUCUGUUGGUUGUGACUGUGAGAGGGUAAACGAUUUGGUCAAUGUGGACUGCGCUUGGUGUGGUCUUAACAAUGUUCCAGAGGACAUUCCAUGCGAUGCUGGUGAAGUUAACCUGCAUACUAACUAUAUCACUAGACUAAAUAAAAAGUCAUUCUCCUGCCAAGCCCAGUUGAGUAAACUUUUCCUAUCACAAAAUAAAUUGAAAUACAUUGAGAAAAAUGUUUUUGAACGCUUGAUGAAACUAACAUACAUCGAAUUUGAAUCAAAUGAACUUGUGAGCAUUCCAUAUCUUGGCUCAUUACCUCACCUUAUUGAUGUAUCUAUCUUUAAAAAUUUCUUUGUAGAGUGGCCACAGUUGUUUCUUUCUAGUAUGCCAGAAAGACAGCCUUUCAAGAUGAGUUUGGCAUACAACAAACUAUCUGAUGCACCAAAAGUUCCCUUCAAAAUAUGGAACCUUAAUCUUGAAGGAAACACUGUUACUGAUCUGUCCAAUGCAGUGUUUACACAUCCUGAAGUGAUUUUAGAGCUGAAUAUUGAUAAAAAUAAUGUAGAGUACCUGGAUAAGUUGCAGAAGAUGGACAAUCUUACGAUACUUUCCCUGGAAUCCAAUGGAAUUCGAAGCAUUGCUGACACAACAUUUGCCUACCUUCCUUCACUUAAAAGAAUUAACCUGGCAAGAAAUAAAAUUGUUGAUGUCUCACCCUUCAGAAACAUGUCAUACAUUACAGAUAUAAUACUGGCAAAAAACAGUAUAAGACAUAUCCGUCACCCUGCUUUUACUAACAUUCCAAACAUAGCUGUCAUCUAUCUUAACGAUAAUGAAAUUGUUUGUUAUAUGCCUCACUCGGACUUCAGUGUACCAUCGAGCCUUCUUCUUGGCCGCAACAAAAUAUCAGUUAUGGACAUGAAUCCUGCAGGGAACUAUUCAAACGUAGUAAUUCUAUAUAUCGACAACAACCAUCUUGGUAACUUUUCCAUUCAUCCGUUCCCUGGUUUAUCUAGUCUUUAUGCUUCAAACAAUUUCAUUAAAGAUGUGAUAUCUCUCAAGUAUGAACAUCGUUUUCUAAGAUACAUCAACUUGUGCUAUAACCAAAUCGGGAAUGUGAAAAACUUUGAAAACCUACCUGCCCUAAAGUGGCUGUUUCUCUGUCAUAACUCCAUCAAAACCUUGGAUGAUAACAGUCUCAUCGACUCGUUUAGUCUUCUUACCCUUGACCUAAGCUACAAUAAGUUGUCAGAACUCCUAAACUUCACAGCUUUGCCUGCUCUGAGACGUCUUGAUUUAUCAGGCAACAUCCUUCAUGUGAUAGGAAAUGCAACCUUUGACCACCUACCAAGGCUUGUUACUCUCAACCUUAGCCAAAAUCAAAUCUCAAAACUUGGUUUUUUCAGUUCGAUGCCAUCACUUGAAACUCUAUCUUUAAGUCACAACCAGCUGAGGACCAUCCACCCCCAUGACUUCUCUAAUCUAAAUAAUCUUAGAGUUUUGCAGUUAGCUUCCAAUUUUAUUGUAGAGUUUGAAAACAUCAACUUGCCUUCUCUUCAAAGACUUGACAUCGGUUUUAAUUUCUUAACUCGUAUGAAUUUUAAUCAUGUAUUGGAUCACAGAAUUCUAUAUAUCAAUGUUGAGAGUAACAGAAUAGCUGAGGUUAUAUCCACUCAUGCUCCACUUGUAAGUAUCAUUGUAAACAACAAUGGGAUUGGAUCAUUAAAUUCAAGUUUGUUAUCUGGGUAUAAUGUUUUUGCAUCCAGCAAUAACCUGACCGAUUUCAACCAGGUUUGUAUUACACCUGGUUUGAUUGGACUUUUAUGGUGGCCCUGA